AUGGGUGGGAAGGUGUCAAAGGAUGAAGCAAUCAAGACGAUCCGCACAGAGAAGGAGAGGGAAGGGAUCAAGGACGCAAAGGUUACUAUUUACGAUCUCAUGGCGCUUCUGAACACAAUAGAUGCAUCCGAAGACCACAAGUUUACCUACGCCGGGCGAAUUGUUAGCGACAAAGCUGGUGCUGGUGGCAAAAAGGUCAAAGAGUCCGACUACAAACAGCCACCGCGGCGAGUGAGCGUCCUCAAUGGCGUCUCUCUCAGUCUUUCCCUCUAA